GCGCACUUAGGGGGUGUGUUCAAGCUCAUUCCGUUCCUUCUUCGCUGGAAAUUCUCUCCGUUCAAUCACAUAAGAGCAUUUGUGCAGCGGUUCCGCGCAGAGCGGCAGAGACAGUCGCGACUUACUGAGCUCUACGUGAACCGUGGCCGAAUCUAGACUUGAACAAAGUAUGUAGGCUCACAGGAAUCUACUGGAAAGAGGCAAACCGGAGCUGGGUUUCAAUGGGAAACCUGAUGGGCAGUUUGAGGUACAAGGAGCCAAGCACCAUAGAGGAAUGCGAUUCGACAUGGGAGACGGACUCAGAGAGCGACGAGCAUCAGGGAGAGGAGGACAGCGGUAUCUCCGAGUCCAUCAGCCUCUCAGAUUCCGGAAAAUGUGCCGAGUUGCCGGAAGCCUCUCAGCAGAUGGUGGUUGAGAUGUUGGAGUCGUCCGCCAAGAUAAAGAGAAGCUUUUACGCAGCCAAGGACCUCUACAAGUACCGCCAUAGCUACCCGAACUACAAAGAACCACGGAGGCCCAAUGAGUACCGCAAUUUGAGGUUCUACCUUAACAAGAUCCCCCUCGUUCCCGACGGCAUCUAUGUGGAGGAGAUUCUCAAUAAGUGGCGCGGUGACUACGAGAAGCUGGAACACAAUCACACGUACAUCCAGUGGCUGUUUCCGCUGAGGGAACAGGGGCUUAACUUCUUCGCUCAAGAACUCACUCAGGACGAGAUCAAGGAAUUCCAAAGCACAAGGGAAGCCAAGCGGCGUUUCCUGUUGGCUUACACCAUCAUGUUGGACUUUUUUGGGAUCAAGCUCCUGGAUAAAAAUGGAAAUGUGGAUCGGGCCACAAACUGGCAGGACCGCUUCCAGCACCUGAACGAGUCUCAGCAUAACUACCUGCGUAUCACUCGCAUCCUGAAGAGCUUGGGUGAGCUGGGCUUCGAGGCCUUCAAGCCCCCUCUGGUGCGUCUGCUGCUCAAGGAGGCCCUGGUGGAGGGCACGCUGCCCAACAUGCGCCACAGCGCCCUCGAGUACUUCACCUACACGCUGCGUGACCGCGCCCAGCGCCGGGCGCUCCUGCGCUACGCCCAGCGCCACUACCAGCCCCCCGAGAACUUCGUCUGGGGACCCCCCAGGAGGAGACGUCCUCCCGCUGCAGAGGGGGCUACAGGGGCGGGGGUGGGGGUGACGGCGGCUGGACGAGAACCCGUCACGGCCAGGGGGAGGUCACCUCCUCAGGAAGGGCCAGGCAGUGGCAGGAGAGGAGGCAACAGGGGUCAUCACUCACCCCUGAGAACGGAGAGGGAGAGGGAGGAAGAUGAGGAGGAGGAGGAGGAGGAGGGAGGAGGGAGAGAUGGAGGGAGAGGUGGAGGAGGGGAGUCGAGGGCACGAAACGAGGGGAGAGGAGAGGGCAGGGGGCAAGUGGACAGGGAAGAGUACAUUGAAACCAUCCCUCUCUGAGAGCGAGGGAAAGACUGAGGAAGAGGAAGAGAGGAAAAGACAGGGGGGAAUUGAAGAAAGAGAAAGAGAAAAAGAAGGAGAAAGAGACGGGUAGAGUGUAAGGGCUGAAACUCUGCAUCCCAGAGCCCCACUGAGGUCGAAUCAUAGGGGACUGGGGGCAGGGCUUCACCUGGGGCCUAGUUGGGUUCACCAACAGCAAUAUUAUUCCAAGCCUUGGCCUUCUGUGGACAUCUGUUAUGUGACAGACUCACUGGCAGCCUGCAUAGGGACUUACAAGGGGUAACCUUCAUCUUCCUCCUCUGCUUUUUCUAAAAAUUCUGUGAAGACUUUAUAUUCAACAAAAAUGUAGCUUUUACGGCGGUUGUAGUCAAUCAUAAGCACAUAACUUAAAGAGUUAGGUACUGUAUAUACAAAAACAGAUUUGAUGACCUUUGUGUGAUAUAUUGCACCUUUGACUUUACUACCCAGUCUUCCUUUUAUUGUGAAAUAUUAGUAGUAGUAGUAGUAGUAUUCUUUUCUUCCUUGUUUUCCCCCCUCUGUUAUAGCACAAGAGCUGAUGUUUCUAGAGGGCUGUUCAGCUAAUCACAGGCCUUCGCUGCCAUACAGCUCACACACACACACACACACACAGACACACACACACACACACACACACGCACACACACAC